AUGGGUGUAUUAUGUGAAAUUAGUAUUAACAAAACCGCAGACGAAGUUUUUAGGCCAGGAAUGGCUGUAUCUGGAGAAAUAAGAUACACUGUCAACAAGGAAACUACCUUUUCAAGAAUAACAGUAUCAAUAAAAGGUACGGGGCGAGUGGUUAUAACAGAAAAACGAACAGAUAAAGACCGCACCUAUGAUGUAACUUCCUCUACAUCAGAAAAUUAUGUUGACAUCGAUAAUAUUAUAACUAAAGAAAACGAAGUCACAUUGCCAAUUGGAUCGUAUGAGACACAAUUUGGGUUUCAAUUACCUCAUAAUGUUCCACAAAGCCUGAGAUAUACUAAGUAUAACGCAAAGGGUAGCGUUGAGUGUAAAAUCAAAUAUUACGUUGGAAUCAAAUUUGAUCAGCCUGGCUGCAAGUGUACCAAACGAUUCAAAAAAGAAUUUACAGUAGCUCCCAAUGUGAUACCAAGACUGCCAAUGGAGCCAGUCAUCUAUGAACAACAGAAGACACUUGCGCAAAUAUUUUCAGCAAAAAAACGUAUAGUGUACAUAAAAACUUCUACAGAAAGCUGCGUAAUUGCUCCUGGAGGUACAAUACGCUUCUAUUGCGAAAUUAAUAACGACACGAAUAUUGAUAUCAAGGCAUUAAAAACAAAGCUUAUUGAAGUUUAUUCAUUCUACACUACGAGUCGAAUACAGAAUCAACACUUUGUUCAUCAAGAGAAAGUCAAAUUUACCAACUGUAAAACAACUCAAAUAAAAAGAGGAAGGAGUGAAACAUUUGAUUUUAAAAUAGACGUACCAGCAGACUUGUGCUCUAUAGAAAAUACUACAAUCGUGAAAAGGCAAUAUUUCAUUUGGGUUGAAACUGUACUUCCAAUACCACAUAGGAAUGUUCUACAGAAGAUUGAGGUGCAGAUUGGUAACUUAGUUGGUGAAGAUAUAAAUGUUGACAAUUCUGAUUUUGGAAUACAUAACGAUGCUCCGCCGUCAUACUGGGAAGCGAUGAGUGAGGAAAAGAAAGAUGCAGAUAUGUGGACAACCAAUUAA